AUGGACCACCCAACCAACCACAACCCCCUCCCCCCCUCCACCUCCCCCCACCUGCACCUCGCCCACCCCACCCCAGAAGAACUCGUCCACAUCUCCACCAACACUUUCUCCUCCUGGCACGACACGCUCCCCCUCCCAGACUACCUCGCCGAAUCCCUCUACCUGUCCACCGUGCCCCUCGCAAAAGACAACGGCCUAACCACCUGGAUCCUCGUCGACUCGCGCCUGCCGCCCAACGCGCGACCAAUCCUCUCCUCAUGCGAGAGCUACCGCAAGCGCUGCUUGACCAGCGACGCGGGCGCCGGCGGCAGCACCGUCUCCGACGCCCUCGUCCACGGCGUCGCCAGCGUCUUCUGCGCGCCGCCGUACCGCCGCCGCGGCUACGCGGCGCGCCUGAUGAAAGAGCUGGCGCGGGUGCUGCGUGACUGGCAGACGACGGCGGAGGAGGACGGCAAGCGCGUCGCCGUCGUCGGCAGCAUCCUGUACUCAGACAUCGGCAAGACGUUCUACGCGAACCUGGGCUGGGCGCCGCACCCGCGCAACACGCACGUCGCCUUCGCGCCGCAGCAGCAGCAGAAGGGGAUCCCUCAACCGUCGUCGUCGCCGCCGCAAGCCAAGGCGAUCGCGGAAGGGGACCUCGCAGCCUUCUGCGAGGAGGACGAGGCCAUGGUCCGGAAAGCCAUGGCGAGGCCGCUGGCGCCGGCGCCGGACGGCGUGGAGAAGGAGAAGAAGAAGAUGCAGCAGCGCGCGUCGAUCGUGCCCGACUGCGACCACAUGCUCUGGCACCUCGCCAAGGAGGCCUUCGCCACGGAAAGGCUGUUCGGGAAGGUUCCGCGAGCGAAAGGCGCGAUAGCUGGCGCGCAGGGGAGGCGGGUGUGGGCGAUCUGGACGCACCGCUACUAUUCGCAUCCGGACGCGGUGGCGACGUCGCCCGAAAGCAAUGACGAGAACGUUCUUUACAUCCUCCGGCUUGUCGUCGAAGGGGAUGAAAGCGCGGACGGAAUAGUUUGGGACGACCAGAAGGAGAAGGGGAAGGGGGAAGAGGAAGAAGAGGAGGAGCAAGCUCGCUCCUUGAAAGCUGUUCUCCAGGCCGCGCAGGCCGAGGCUGCGGAGUGGCGGCUCGAUCGCGUGGUGAUGUGGAAUCCGUCGCCGUGGGUGCGGCGUGUGAUAACGCAGAGCGGACUGGAGCAUGCCGUGGUCGAGCGGGAGGAAGACGCCAUUGCCAGCGGUCUGUGGUACGAUGAAAACGGCGGAGCGGGACCGGCGCCGCUGUGGAUGAACAAUGAGCACUAUGCCUGGUGUUGA